ACACCCAGUAGGUCCACAUGAAUAUGAUGAAGUGUGGCUUUCAAAUCAGAAAAAAUUGUUCAUUUGUUUGUUUAUUUUCUUCCUUUUGUGCCAUGAAUUCCUGUGUGCUUGAUUAAACUGUUGUUUAAACUGCAGUGCAGAGCAUCAUCUGUCAUCCUUCAUGAUGAACUUCUUCAGUCGCUACAGGGUUCUCCUAGUUGGUAUCGUCGGUCUUGCAGCAAUUCACACCGGCUGGUACUACAUAGCCAGAAGUCCAACCUUCAACCCCACCCGUAAGACCUUGGACAUCACUCCUGCUUACUACAAGAGCAAGCGAGCCAAACAGGCUAGCCAGGCAGCUGCAGACAAGACCAAAUAGCAUUGAAUCCAAGGUUUUUGUACAUACUCGUUGCAAGCAUGAAACUUCCAGUCUGGGUGGCCAAGCAUAAGCUUCUGUCAGUCGGUAUAGCCUUACUGACCGUACAUUUGACUAUCUACACUGUCCAGAAGAUGGCCCACAGCACCUCCAAGACCAGACGGAGCCUCACCGGACCCCCACCAUCAGCUGACAAGGAGGACUAGGCUUCUAAUCGCUGGUAGCCAAGAUGUCCGCCAUGUCACCAGGUGCCCCUCACACUCAGCGGCAAGAGACAUCCAAAAUUGUCCAGAGGCUGUCAAACACUGAUGUCACUGAAGCCCUGGAGACCUUCCGGUUUCUGAUCCUAUCAUGUUACGGCCCCGCUGGCCACCUUAAGACAAUCCAAAAUUCUUGCGGUGGUCCAGUAACCGUUACUUCAUCCUCGUCAGUGCUUGUCAGGCAGCUGUGCCCAUCCAGGCCCAUCCUGCGCCUCAUGUCAGCUGCCGUGGAGGGCCACCUAGCUUCCUGCAGUGACGGUGGCCUGUUCUGUGCCCUGCUGAUGACGAACCUAGUCCAGACCUGCAGCAGUUUGCACUUGCAUCCCAUCCUGUGCAUUGGUGUCAAUGAGCUCAUGCUGAAGGCAUGCACAGAUUACCUGAACUCGGAUGACUCCUGCCGAGUCAGUGUUGAUGUUGGCGACUUGCCGACGAUGCUGAGCCUCGUUCGCUCUGUCAUCUGUACAAAGCCCACUUGCGGGCUGUUUCCACGAGAGACUGACCUAAUCUGUAACCUGAGCCUUCAGGCUUUCCUACAAGGUCUGUGGCCCUCAGGGCCGACUCUCAGCAUACCAACAGUGAGGUACAUCCUCAUUGAAGGCAAGACCCCUAUGAAUUCUUGCAUCAUGGAAGGAGUCCUCCUCGAAUCACCCCAGAUUCCUCUGUACGCCAGGAGACCGUUUACCCCUCCUGAGUUAGUAGAUGGCAGCAUCAGGGUUGCUGUCUUCAACACCUCCCUUGCCGGAGGUGGAGAAGGAUUCCCAGACAUCCACCUGGAGGCAAGACAAGGUGUGACCGUUGACGCAGCCACAAGGGACUGCCUCCUAGCCCUUGGUAGCUGCCUUGUCCAGCAAAGGGUUGGACUGUUGGCUUGUCAGAAGGUCAUCCAUCCAUGCCUGAAACACUUCCUGAGAAGCCAUGGUGUCCUGACAAUAGACAGGCUGUCUCUUGUUCACAUUGAUACAGUCCAGAUGGUCACGGGAGCCCAACUCCUGGGAGCUGUACAGCCCACCAUUCCAGAAGAUGCCCUAGGCCGUGUGGAGGAGGUGAGCCACUGCGUCAUGUAUGGCAAGAGUUACAUCCGUCUGCUGAACCGUAGCCGUCCAGUCUGCAGCUUUGUCCUGUGCAAUCGGACAGAAUCAGCCCUAGAGGAGCUGAAGACUGCUUGCAGAGCAGCCCACCAUGUUCUGUCUUUGACGCUGUCCCGUCCCUUGGCCCUGCCCGGAGCCGGCUGCUUUGAAGCCUGUCUUGCCGCUCAUCUCAAACAACAGAUAAAAACCCUGGAGUCAGAUGUCCUGGACAAGGUUGGUUGUUCACCACUGCAGUUCCAAGAGGCUGCCGGCAACUUCAUCUAUUGUGUGGAGUUGGUAGCCAGGGCUCUUGAACAUGGACAGGACAGCCAGGUGACUGAUGAUGUCCAUCACCACAGAUGGCCCCUCCCACUUAACCAGAGCCCCACUGAUUGGCUCGGACAGUGUGCAUGUGGGAUGAAGUCGUUCCAGGCAGAUAGUGACUGGCAGCUCUUGGGCAGCAGGCGACCAACAGAAGCUGGGAGCCAGCAAUCAGGCAGAUUGAAACAGAGCAAAACUCGCAGCCAGCAGACCUGUAAGCUAGAGAGACGUGAGAAAGGGCAAAGCUGUAAAAAACAGUCCCCGGAUCUUCCUAUUUCUGGCGCAAGAAAGCACUUUGUCCUGGACUCCUUCGCUGUUAAGCUCAAUGCAUUACAUGUCGCUGUGGAAACAGCCAACGUCGUACUCAGGAUUUCUCAAACAAUAGAGGACAGCAAUCUCUGACACUUCAAUUCAUCGUUUUACCCUUUGAAACCAGAGAAGAGUAGAAGCAAUCACAAGAGUUCGGCAAUCAAACCAAAAUUAUUAUGAGCAUCUGUACAAAUAUUAAUGUGGUUUGUAGAGUCACAACAAAUCAUGACAUCAAAGAUCCAUGUGAACCGUGCCGGGGUACAAAGCCACUGAGUCGUGUUAUUCUUCAGUAAGUUAGAGUCGUCCGUAAGCUCAAGUCAGUAGGGCAUUAGGCAGUAUUCAAAUAUUUGGAUAAUACGCUUAUACAUGCAGUUAUUUUCUAAGUCAAAUGUUCGGAGGAAAAAUAAAAAUACUAAAUGAAAGGGGAAAAAUUUGUUUAUUUGUUUACCAAAUUCUAAACCGUGUUUCAAGCUGUUGGGAGUAAAAUUAAAGCAUUUGAUGCAUAGGCUCAACAAUAAGGCCACAAAUCACUUUCCUUUCGAGGUUUUGUUUUUUUACUGUUUGUGGGGUGUAGUCUUACUGGGACCUAGGGGAAAACUCGCCAACUACAUGUAGGACCAAACAUCACUUGAACUACCAGCCUUUUUAUGUGGGGGAUGGAACCCUGUCUUGAAACCCAUUUAGCUAGACUAGGAUGCCAACAUGUAUACCUUUUGUAGUCUGUUUCAGCAGCUGAAGGUCUAUUACUUAUUCGUAUUCCAAGCAAUUUCCAAACCACAGAUUUUUAUUAGUGGUCCAGGCCUCUGAGUUUUUAGGUCCGUUGACUGUGGAAUUUCCUUUUACUAUUUGAUCAGAUUUUGAGAGUUUCGAGUUGGUUUGGGUAGAGUAGGCUUCAAACAAUUUUCAUUUCAUAAUGAAACCAAAAAUCACAGACUGCCGAAGUUUAGACAGUGGCCCAUACUAAAUUUGGUGCUGAACUCAUGCCACGGCAUUAAAAGGGACCGAGAGAUAAGUCGAUAGCAUGUACACCGACAUAAUAAGUGCACAGGUUUUGCUCUUAGCCCUGACUUUAGUCCCAGCAAUGUUUUAUCUCAUUAAUCUGGUCUGUUUUAUAUUAACCCUUGUUGAGGGUGGUAAUCUGUGAUCAAAUGAAUCCAAUGCCUGUAAAGAUGUACCAUCAACUUUUACUCUAUCUGGUUUCACCAUUGUGUUAGUAAAUUUUCAACCACGUGUGUCUUUUUAUUUGAUUUUCUCACUUUAGAGUUGAACAUCAUUAAAACCAUUUGACCGAGACAAGCAUUAAAUAGCAUUUUUGUACGAG